AUGUCCAGGUUGAGAAACAGCAAUUAUAAAAACAUGCAUCGAAGGCACACAACCCUUCGGGAGAAGGGCCGGAGGCAGGCCAUCCGGGGCCCGGCCUACAUGUUCAAUGAGAAAGGCACCAGCCUGACUGCAGAAGAGGAACGCUUUCUCGAUUCUGCAGAAUAUGGCAACAUUCCUGUUGUGCGAAAAAUGCUGGAGGAAUCCAAAACCUUGAACUUUAAUUGCGUCGAUUAUAUGGGACAAAACGCCCUACAGUUAGCUGUAGGGAAUGAGCAUCUGGAAGUGACGGAGCUCCUCCUCAAAAAGGAGAAUCUCGCUCGAGUUGGAGAUGCACUUUUGUUAGCCAUCAGUAAAGGAUACGUGCGCAUUGUAGAAGCAAUAUUGAACCAUCCAGCCUUUGCCCAAGGACAGCGUCUCACACUCAGCCCCCUUGAGCAGGAACUGAGAGAUGAUGAUUUUUAUGCCUACGAUGAAGAUGGAACUCGAUUCUCCCACGACAUUACCCCUAUCAUACUUGCUGCCCACUGCCAGGAGUAUGAAAUUGUCCACAUCUUACUUCUCAAAGGCGCGCGGAUUGAAAGGCCACAUGACUAUUUUUGCAAGUGCAAUGAAUGUGUUGAGAAGCAGAGGAAAGAUUCCUUUAGUCACUCUCGAUCGAGAAUGAAUGCCUACAAAGGAUUAGCCAGUGCUGCUUAUUUGUCUCUUUCCAGUGAAGACCCUGUCCUUACUGCUUUAGAGCUAAGCAAUGAAUUGGCCAGACUAGCCAACAUUGAAACUGAAUUUAAGAACGACUAUAGGAAGCUAUCUAUGCAAUGCAAGGACUUUGUCGUGGGGGUGCUGGACCUGUGCAGAGACACCGAAGAAGUAGAGGCGAUUCUCAACGGAGAUGUGAACAUACAUCUGUGCCCUGAGCACCACCGGCCAAGUCUGAGCAGGAUUAAACUUGCUAUUAAAUACGAGGUCAAAAAGUUUGUUGCUCACCCCAACUGCCAGCAGCAACUGCUCACCAUGUGGUAUGAAAACCUCUCAGGCUUACGGCAGCAAUCUAUAGCUGUGAAGUUCUUGGCUGUCUUCGGGGUCUCCAUUGGCCUGCCCUUCCUCGCCAUAGCCUACUGGAUCGCUCCCUGCAGCAAGUUGGGACGGACCCUCCGAAGUCCUUUCAUGAAGUUUGUGGCACAUGCAGUUUCUUUCACAAUCUUCCUUGGACUGUUAGUAGUGAAUGCUUCAGAUCGGUUUGAAGGAGUAAAAAAUCUCCCCAACGAGACCAUCACGGAUCAUCCAAAACAAAUAUUUAGAGUCAAAACAACUCAGUUCUCAUGGACAGAAUUGCUGAUCAUGGAGUGGGUAUUGGGCAUGAUAUGGUCAGAGUGCAAGGAGAUCUGGGAAGAGGGGCCACGCGAAUACGUGGUGCAUCUCUGGAACCUGCUGGACUUUGGGAUGCUGUCCAUCUUCGUGGCAUCAUUCACCGCCAGGUUCAUGGCUUUUCUCAAAGCGACUGAAGCACAACAGUACGUAGAUCAGUACGUUCAAGAUGAUGACCUCAAUAACGUCACCCUUCCCCCUGAAGUUGCUUACUUUACUUAUGCCAGGAACAAGUGGCUUCCCUCGGAUCCUCAGAUCAUUUCAGAAGGACUGUAUGCAAUAGCUGUGGUACUCAGCUUCUCCCGCAUUGCUUACAUUCUUCCAGCCAACGAAAGCUUCGGCCCCCUGCAGAUCUCUUUGGGGAGGACUGUGAAGGAUAUCUUCAAGUUCAUGGUCAUCUUCAUCAUGGUGUUCCUGGCCUUCAUGAUUGGAAUGUUCAACCUUUACUCUUACUACCUUGGUGCAAAAUACAACCCCGCGUUUACAACGGUAGAAGAAAGUUUUAAAACCUUAUUCUGGUCAAUAUUUGGCUUAUCUGAAGUGAUAUCUGUGGUGCUGAAGUACGAUCAUAAAUUCAUUGAGAAUAUUGGAUAUGUACUCUAUGGAGUAUAUAACGUGACUAUGGUGGUGGUGCUGCUUAAUAUGCUAAUAGCCAUGAUCAACAACUCCUAUCAGGAAAUUGAGGAUGCAGAUGUGGAGUGGAAGUUUGCACGUGCCAAGCUCUGGCUAUCCUACUUUGACGAAGGAAGGACUUUACCUGCUCCUUUUAAUCUAGUGCCAAGCCCUAAAUCAUUUUAUUAUCUCAUACUGAGAAUAAAAAUGUGCCUCAUAAAACUCUGCAAAUCUAAGGCCAAAAACUGUGAAAAUGAUCUUGAGAUGGGGAUGCUGAAUUCCAAACAACGGAAAGUUCGUUUUCACUCUAGCACUCGAAAUACAGAAAUUUUUUCUGGGAAGAAUGCUUAUAACAAGCCCACAAGAUAUCAGGUGACAACCCUACCUCCCUCUGGAUUCUACUACCUUGGCCAUCUUCAACACACCAAAAUAAUGAAACGUCUGAUUAAGCGAUAUGUACUGAAGGCUCAGGUUGACCGAGAAAAUGAUGAGGUCAAUGAAGGAGAACUUAAAGAGAUUAAGCAAGAUAUUUCUAGUCUCCGCUAUGAACUCCUAGAGGAAAAGUCACAGGCUACUGGCGAGCUGGCAAGACUAAUACAGCAGCUGAGCGACAAAUUUGGGAAGAACUUAAAUAAGGACAUUUGA